AUGGCACCAUCCAAAAGCUCAGUACACUCGAUCAGUACUUUAAAUACAUUGAAUGCUUUGGUGCAAUCUACACAUGGCCCAAUUCAAAAUCAACCUCGAUAUGAACGAGCUGUUUGUUUGUUCAAUAAAAAAAAAUGGAAUGAUUCCCAAGUCAAUCAAUCCCGUACUCGGAUCCUACAGGAAUUCGACGGAUCCAAUGAAAUCCUGAAAAAAAAUGCGCAACAAAUCAUUGUGAAAAUACAAAUGACAAAUACACAUUUGAAUCUAAUUGAGUUCAACUGUCUUGGUGCAAUAUUUUCAAUUCGAGAACAAUCUCUUCAUCGUUUUCCCAAUACUCUUCUAGGUGAUCCAAAACGUCGUGCAAAUUUCUAUAACUCGACUAAACAUCAAUAUAUAGUUGAUCGUCACAUAGUUUCAUUUGAAGCGAUUCUCAACUAUUAUGAAACAGGAAAACUAAUUGCACCAGCUAUUUAUGAGCCAAGAAUAUUUCUUAAAGAAUUAAAAUAUUUUCAAUUCGAUAAAGAGACAAUUCACCAAUUCUAUCAAACUGAAGUUAACGAAGAACUUCUCACUCACCAUCGUAUUGUUCCUUAUAAUCGAAUAUUGCGAUUCAUUUGGAUCUCAUUGGAAUACAGAGAUUAUUCAGUUCUAACACAAUUCAUUCAAUUUAUAUGUUUGAUUGUUUCAUUACUUUAUUGUUUGAAUAUUUCGAUGGAACUUGUUCCUCAUCUAUCAAGGGAAAGAGUGAUUUGUUAUAAAACAUUCUUAACGAAAAAUGAAACCAACUGCGACAACACUUUUUUUGACUUUCGUCCAUCACAAACAAACAAUCUAUGGAUUUAUCGAAUUGAACAAAUUUGUACAGUUUUCAUUACAUUCGAAUACAUCCUUCGUCUUAUUUCUUCUCCACAUCGAUGGUUAACAUUUAUUUCACUUCGUAACAUAUUCGAUCUUUUCGUUCUUAUCGCAAAUUCAAUGUAUUUUCUAUUAAUUCCGACGAAUGAUCAACGAGAUUUCGUGUUCAACAUAAAAUUGUUUCAAUAUUUAAUGCUCGUACGUUUAUUUCGGUUCUUUCGUCUUUGUCACUAUGUAAAAUCUCUUCAAAUUCUUUACAACGGAAUCGAAAAGGCCUUUCAACAUAUUAUGUCCAUUGGUUUUAUUAUUCUCUUCUUUGUCUUUACAUUCGGUGUUAUUAUUCAAGUGGUCGAAAAAAAUUGGGAUCAAGCACAUGUGACACGUUUAGAAGAUCUAUUUAACAUUGUCACAAUAUCAACAAUUACUGUUGGAGAUGCGAAACGUGUUCCAUUAUCACCAACAGGAAAAAUUAUCUGUUCAUUUCUGGCCGGAAUAGGCUUAAUCAGCAUAUCCCUACCAUUACCGUUAAUUUAUCGAACAUUCCAGUCAGUUUACCGCAUUGAAAAUAUGGAUAGACGUUUUAUUGUCAUCAAAUAUAUUUAUCCCGAUGGAAAACUUGUUCGAAAUCAAUGA